AUGCCUUGGAAAAGCCGCUGGAGUGUCGACAUCCCUCACGUGUCUCUACCAACUUAUGUCUUUGGAUCACCUUCUGCCUCUCUGCCAGAAACACCUCUUCUCCUCGACGCAGAGAAACCAGACAGGUACCAUCUCUCCGCAUCGGAUCUAAGACAAUGGUGCAAGCGAUUCGCAGCCGGUCUGCAAAAAGCUGGCUUGAAGCCCGGUGAUCGCGUGUUGCUCUUCUCGGGAAACACACUUUUCUUCCCCGUGGUCUUUCUCGGUACCAUCAUGGCUGGAGGUGUGUUCACUGGCGCUAACCCAACUUACGUGGCUCGUGAGCUCGCAUACCAGUUACAGGACUCGGGAGCAAAGUUUUUGAUCUGUGCCGAGGCGAGUCUGGAUACCGGUAUCGAGGCAGCGGACACUGCAGGACUUUCCCAUGAGAAGGUCUUUGUUUUCGACAAUGGAUAUGCUACGUUCGACAACGCUGGCAAGGGACGUGAUGAUGUGAGACAUUGGAGCAAACUGCUUGCCAGCGCCACAGAGAGUCGUGCUUUUGCUUGGGAGGAGUUGAGCUCUGAGGAAGAGCUGAACCGUACCAUUUGUCUCAAUUACUCGUCUGGAACCACUGGUGUACCGAAAGGCGUCAUGAUCACCCACAAGAACUAUGUCAGCAAUAACGAGGGCGUGGUUCGUGUUGCAAAGUCUUCUGCUGAGUAUGAGAAGAGAUGGCUGUGCAUGCUGCCCAUGUAUCAUGCCUAUGGUCAAACCUACUAUUGUGUAGGAACCAUCUCACGACGAGUUCCAACAUAUGUCAUGCAAAAAUUCGACUUUCUCAAGAUGUUGAGUUACGUGGAAAAGUACAAAAUCACAGACUUGAAUCUCGUUCCCCCAAUUGCUGUUGCAAUGGCCAAGCACCCUGCUGCCAAACAGUGUGAUCUGAGUUCGGUCAGAUAUAUCGGAUCUGGUGCAGCACCGCUUGGAAGCGAGGUAUCGAAGGAAGUAGAGCAGCUGUGGCCCAAGGGCACGAUGAAUCUGAAACAAGGAUGGGGCAUGACAGAAGUGACUUGCUCAGCGUGUAGUUGGGAUCUGACCAAGAUAUCGACGUCUAAUGCUGUUGGAGAACUAAAUCCCAAUGUCGAAGGUAAGAUCGUGGACGUGGCGUCAGGAUCAGAAGUUCCAAGAGGUCAGCGAGGCGAGCUCUGGGUACGCGGACCUACCGUAAUGAAAGGUUACUGGGGCAAGCCAGAUGCCACAAAGGAUACUAUCACAGAAGAUGGCUGGUUGAAGACCGGUGACGUGGCCUACCUCGACGAGGAAAGCCAUAUCUUCAUCGUGGACCGUAUAAAGGAAUUGAUCAAGGUCAAAGGUAACCAGGUGGCACCAGCUGAGCUAGAGGCACUGCUUCUCGAUCAUCCAGCCGUCGCAGAUGCUGGUGUAGUAGGAGUAACGAUAAAGGGCGAAGAGCUCCCACGAGCCUACCUCGUAAAACGCGCAGACCAGAAAGUCGAGGCCCAAGACAUUCAAGAAUUCAUGAACAGCAAAGUCGCAAGACACAAACGUUUGGCUGGUGGUGUCGUGUUUGUCGAAGCAAUUCCCAAGAAUCCUUCAGGCAAGAUUCUCCGAAAAAUACUGCGUGACCAGGCAAAGGCUGAAGUUGGAGAUUCGGAUGCUAAAGCAGCACGUCUGUAG